CGCGGUUGCGAUCGUCGUGCUCGCAUACGUAGCCGCCAUUGCCUAUUUCUACCACAUCGAGACGGCGGUGAACCCCAUGGGCGUAACGAAGGAGAUCAUCAAGACUGGCCACGGCCCCAAGCCGACGAAGGGCGCGACGGUCACCGUGCAUUGCACGGGCUACGGCAAAGACCGUGACCUGAACCAGAAGUUCUGGAGCACCAAAGACGCCGGCCAGCAGCCGUUCACGUUUCAGGUCGGUAUGGGCAGUGUUAUUCGUGGUUGGGACGAGGGCGUCCUUGGCAUGGCCUUGGGUGAGGUCGCGCGCUUGACGUGCUCGCCUGACUACGCCUACGGUGCGCGUGGGUUCCCGGCGUGGGGCAUCCAGCCCGACUCCGUCCUCGUCUUCGAAAUCGAGGUGCUCCAGAUCCAGUAAUCAAGGAGAAUAAAGUCUCGCGACCAAGGCUUUAAGUGUGCACA